GCGGCAUAUGUGAAAGAUCUUCGGAGGGAAGAGAAAUAUUUUUUUUCAGGAAAUUCAAACAACACCCUCGACGUCGAGUAUGGAUGAUUACGUAAAAGUCGAAAAGAUCGGUGAAGGAACUUAUGGUGUUGUGUACAAAGGCCGCCAUAAGAAGUCGCAGAAACUCGUCGCUUUGAAAAAGAUCCGUCUGGAAAGUGAUGAAGAGGGCGUGCCUUCCACAGCCAUCCGUGAGAUCUCUUUGUUGCGUGAACUUCAGCAUCCUAAUGUUGUUGGACUCGAAGAUGUGUUGAUGCAAGAAAACAAGUUAUACCUGGUGUUCGAGUUCCUUGCUAUGGAUCUAAAGGCCUACCUUGACUCAUUACCCACUGCCCAGAUGGUGGACAAAAUGCUGGUGAAGAGCUAUCUUUUUCAAAUCACCCAAGCAAUCCUGUUUUGUCACAAGAGGAGGACGCUGCACAGAGACUUGAAACCACAGAAUCUCCUCAUUGACAACAAGGGUUGCAUCAAACUUGCUGAUUUUGGUCUUGCCAGAGCUUUUGGAAUUCCAGUGCGCGUUUACACACACGAGGUGGUAACGCUAUGGUACCGUGGUCCCGAGGUGCUGCUGGGCUCACAGCGAUAUUCCUGCCCUCUGGAUAUCUGGAGUAUUGGCUGCAUCUUUGCUGAAAUGGUCACCAAGAAGCCCCUCUUCCAUGGUGAUUCGGAGAUUGAUCAACUUUACAGAAUCUUCAGGACUCUGUCCACUCCCACUGAAGAAUCAUGGCCUGGUGUUGUUGACCUGCCUGAUUACAAGAGCACCUUCCCCAACUGGAAGACUAACCAACUCAAAGAAAACCCCUCGUCUAUCAUUCCUGCCAAACAGCUUGACAGCAAGGGUGUAGACUUACUUCAGAAAAUGCUCAUCUAUGAUCCAGCCAAACGAAUCUCUGCCAGGGCUGCCUUGAAACAUCCCUUCUUCGAUAACUUGGACAAGAAUUCACUGCCAGCUCCCAUGGAAUCUUGAAUCAAUGCUAUUGUGGUGCUAUAUCUGUGCAUUUCUGUUUUGAUCAGAACGGUAGACUGAACAGAACUGUGUUUGCUGCCCAAAUUAAAUUGUUAAAAAAUGGUUUAAAUGCAUUCGAGUUAAAAAUUUUCUAGCUUCAAGCUCAAAUGAAACAGAAUUUGGGGUUGGCAGGUGAAUUGAUGCGUAAUGUAGAAUAUGACACAUUUCACUCCCAGCUUAUGAAAUGCAGUAGUUUCCUGUGUAAACCUUUUUGGGAGUGUGAGGUAGGAUGUAAUCUGCCUGAUAUCUAGGACCCGGUAUUAUUGUAAGACUUAUCUAUUAGCUACAUGGCAACAAACAUCCUACAUUGUAAUUAUCACCAUUUGCAGAAUAUCCUGAAUUGAAUUAAGGGCAUGGGGUCCCACACGACAAAAGUGCAUUUCAUAAAAACAAAUUACUUGCUCACAAAAUCAGAUUGACACUGUCUCCAGGUAUCAUAAAAACUAUGCAUUAAUGUACUUUCGUCCUUUGUUCUUUGAGCCCUUCAAAUACUCUAUGAGUGCACAGUUCUUAUGAUAGAUGGCAAGACUCCAUUUCAUCAAAAACUAUAUUUUUUCAAACUGUGCUGAUAUCAUGUGUGCUCUGAGCUCGUAACAUUUUUUUUUUCAAAAUCGCUCUUAUGUCAUGUUUGUCCUGUGUGCUUUGAGCCCUUCUGUUGGGCUUUCUAAUUGAUGACAGCUGAAAUAGCCUGAAUUGUAGACUGCUUUGGCUGGAAAUUUGCAUACCUGUUGGCCAAUUGAACACAACGUUCUUGUGUGUAUUUCGCUUUGCCAUGCUUGAUCAUUGUUUUGUCAAUAUGUUGUACUUUCAUAAAACAUGCCGUGUGAAUGUUGGAGAGUGACUGAUAGUUUGUGUGAUCAGAAUAUGGUAUGGUGAGGUCAUGCUUCUUUCAAUACUUUUGGUUUGUCUUGAUCAUAUACCAUACAGAACUAAGCCAGUGCAACAUAUAUGUAAGUGACGUGUAUCUUACAUUUAUUACGAGUGUAAAGUUUGAAUUUUCCUAACUGACUAAACUUAAUAACAGAUUUGUAAAAGUUGAGUCUUUUUAUCAUGUGAACAGUGACGCUAAAGAAUGAAAAAGGGUGCGACAAAAGCAAUCAAAAUUUCAUCAGUCCAUGACGUCUUGACCUGAACUCCACUUCUGUUGUUUCAGUUAUUUCCAAUAAACUCUAAACUCGUUAUUUCAUUACAUGUAUGAAUCAUCUUGAAUAAUCAACAGCAUUGUAAAAUCA